AUGACUCCUUCAAAGGCUACGAUAUCUAAUGUUAGCCAAGAAAAUGACGAUACCAACGAUCUCGUGAUACUCUCUUCUCCUCUCUCGACUCCCCUCACGACAAGUCCUGAACUGGUUUCGUUUCAGUCGCUGGCCGACCAAACUUCGACACCGCUCAGCAUGAUGGACGACUCAUGCUUUAUCGAUACUGGCAAGUCCAACUCGAUUUGUCUUGAGUCGCGCAGUGUUAGUGCUGGUCCCGACAAACCUUUAGCGUCAGUCAACCAAUCGCCUUCGAGUACAGCGGGGUGGCCUGCUGGACACUCGGAUCCUAGCACUCAGAGCCAGCAAACCGCAGAUCCUCUUCGAUGUACAGGGACUGGCGUAGAUACCGGCCACGCCGAACCGACACGUGCCGCUGAUGAUGGCAGUGUUUCUUGCUCAAUUGAUGCGGAUUUUGAUUCACAACAAGCUUCAAAUAGGCAAUCGUAUCGGAGGUCCCAAAAAUACGACGAAACUGACCCGACAAAGGACACUGCACAGCAAGCGCAGCCAAAAGUCAUUUUGCCCACUAAACUGGAUACGACAGGCCCCUCGACCCAAAAUAGCAGCGCCCCAUUCAACGUCGCCGAGCCCGCCCAUGGUUUCAGGGGCCCUCAUUCCGAUCAGCACGGGUGUCGAAUAGACAGCCUGACGAGAGAUCAGCAAUACGAGGCUGCUCCAGCGUCCACAGGGCCUUGUUUGGCGGAAGCCCUCCCUACGCCAGGGAUAGCCACAGCACCCGCACAGGCAAGCAGCCACUGUAGUGUUUCUCGAAGCGCCACUCAGGCCAUGUCCAGCACGGCCGCCACUAGCAACAAUUCUGUCCCCCCUGGGUAUCAAAGACACCGCAACGGUCAUUCCUCACACGACAUCCGCGACAGCGACCUUCCUCCCUCUCCCAAAACUUCCAUUUCUUCUCGACUUAGCGGCAUCAAACUCGAUACAAGUUUUGUCAGGCCGACGCCAAGGCCCAUUGUUCGAACGGCACCCGAUUCGCCAUCCCUCAAUAUCCAACAUCCAACUCCCGACAUCACCUCCCAGGCCCGAUCUGGAGCGUACGUUGGUAACAUCGCACAACUCGAAGCGACCGCCGAACGACUGUCUAUGACCAGUUCCAUCGACGAUGCGAUUCGAGAUUUACACACUGAAUUAAAGCGAUCCGAUAGUAGACGAUCUUCUAUACUUGCUGCCAGCGUCAAAGCCUCAGGGUCUAUCGACGAUUAUACUAGUAACCCCGGAUCAGCUGCCGAACAAUUAAGACGCCAUCCAUCGAUUGCUUCCUCGAUUGUUUCAACAAAUAACGCUGCGCGUCACGGUGGUUAUUCUCCCGGCGGAUACGUCCUUUCCCCGAACCACUCCUUUACCGGACGUCUUAGAUCGGGGUCCAAGAAUUCAGCUGGCCGACCAGACUUCGAUCUGGAUACAGUCUUGUCACGUCACGGCCCAGGCAAGGCAUCUGUUAGAAGUGUCCGGUCUACAAAGGUCUCGCUUGCUGAGAUUUCAGAAUCUGAACCUAUUGCACUAACCCAGGACGUUCUCGACAUGGCCGACAAAACCCCUGUCAAGAACUCUGAGGGAGGAACCCUAUUACCUGAAGAGCUUCGUGAUGCGAACAUGCCCGCCACCGAUCUUUUCUCAAGCAUGAUGGGUAAGGAAGAUUUUAUGGACUCCAAGAACGAACAGCCACAUGCUGCGGCAAGCACAGGUCUCCCUGCUGGUCAAGAGUCCCGGGAUCCCAAACGACCCGGAAGUUCACACUCAGAUACAACUUUCCAACAAUGCCAGGACGCUUUUGGUGACUUUGACGGUGUUCACUGGGUACCUGAACAGGAUGAUCCUUAUGCCCUUCCCGAUGAUUUGGAGCCUCAACCUCGGCGUCGACCUCAACAGCGGCAGAUGCCUCGUCCAGAUAAUGUUCGACCACAAUCAUACAUGGAUCCUGAGUCCGGUCAGCAGAUGCUUUACUACCCGGCCCGAGUGCCUGCGAUGCUCAACCUUCCUCCCAAACUGUCCAACAAACCCAAGGCAAAUGAAAGAAAUAAGAGGCGGUCCCAGGUGAUGAGUGCUAUGCUUGAGGACAGCCGACAAUCUCGAGUAAUGGAUACGGAUGGCAAGGCUCCGGCGCGAGAUACCACUAGAGACUCUUGGCUACCUGACCCUCUUGCCGGUCAUCGGGAAUCAUUUGCUGCCUUAUCUUCCGAUGGCUUUGGCAAUCUUGGUCAGGAACCCGAGACCGUUCGCUCUGUACACUCUGAUCCAGAUACUGCUCCUGCUGUGCAACCUGGGUCUAACACUGAUAUGCCGGCUGAGACACUAAGACGCCCUCAACGGCUAUCUCGGAACGAUCUUGACAAGCGCAAAUCGAGAAUGUCAAAUUUGCCGCCGCAAUUGCGAGCAAGCGCUUACUUUGACCUCCCCGACAACACACAGCCGGACAUUGAAGUCAAAGACGGAUCAGCCAUGGCCACCCUCGAAAGCAUUCUCGAUGCCUCGGCAAACGCCCCUGUCAGUGCAUUUACCGACCACGAACGGGCUGGUAGACUUGGAAAGGAAGUGUAUGGCAAAGAGAAGAAGCGAGCGUCUGUUGCUGCAUCCACUGUGCUUCAACUUCAACCGGAGCCUGAAAAGAAGCAUGCCAGAAAACGCUCCUCUUUCAUGUGGCUUGGCAAGCGUCAGAGUCAUGUCAGCGAUGAUGACAAAGACAAGAAGCCGCAGUCAGAGUCUGGACUAGGACCCACCAACGCUGAUACGAACGCAAACGAGAACGACGGUCUCGCUCGUAGCGUGGAUGGCCGCAGUGUUGGUCACAGUGGUGAUGAGCAAGAGGCCGACAAGGAUGAAGAGGAAAGCCCUUCUGAUGGAGAAGGCUACUAUGGGCCCCCAACAACACUUCUGGCCGAAUUGCAGCUGCGCAAACAGCAACAGAAGGAGCGCACUCAACGAACAUUCCCUGGUGGUAUGCAUGCGACAUUGUUGGAAAUGGACGCCGUCGCUGAGACGCAGCGAAAGGCGAGAAACAACAAACGUAUCAAUUUGGCCUGGGAAGAUGGUCAAGCACAACCUCUUGACGAGGACUCUGGUGAUGAAGAUAUACCUUUGGCUGUCAUUGCAGCACGCAAUCAAGGCGCAAAGAACAUGAUGGAUCUCAACCGUCCCAUUGGCUUGAUGGAGCGUCGUGAGAUCGAAGAGAACGAGCCUCUCAGUCACCGCCGAGCCCGCUUACAUGGACAGGAUCCUCGAUCCAUGAUGAUAUCCAACAGACCCAGCAUGAACAAUCUCAGCGCCAACUAUCUUCCUCAAACUCCCCAUUCAGCCCAAAAUUCCGUAGCACAAAUGUCGGCGCAGAAUCUAUCCUCUGAGCCAGAUGAUGAGUUCGAGGGAGAAACUCUUGGAGAAAGGAAACGACGUCUAGCAGCCAAGGAGGAGGCAGAAAACCUACUACCUAAAGCCCGACCUGUCAGCGGUGCAUUCUCCGUUGAACUCCUUACUCAGUUUGAGGACCCUGAAGAGAAAAAGAAGGAAGAGGAGAAGAAGCCCACGACUGGCGGUGAAGAAGAGACACUGGGCCAACGUCGUCGUCGUUUACAAGCUGAGCGAGAAGCCCGCGAACGUGAAAUGAGUUUCAAUCAGCUAAACGCAACUUCGGAGGAAGAAGAGCCAGCAAUUCCCGGGGUCAACGGGCGAAUGCAUCAGAUGUCGAGCGUCCUGGCUGCCCAUCCUAAGAGAGAGAUCAACCAGGCCCAGGAAGACCGUGCCCGUCUUGAGCAUGAAAGACGACUUGUAAGAGAGGGCAAUGCCAAGAUGGCGGCCUACCGAAGCCAGAUGCCCCAAAACUGGAGUGGUCCGACCAAUGCUCAGUCCGGUGGUUAUCUUGGAGGUACUUUUAACAACGGUCUUGGCGGCCAGAACUCCCAAGCAGCCAUGUCCUCUCCGGCUCUUAACACACAACUAUUGAACCAGCCGGCCCUCAAUCACCAAAAGAGUGCCGUUUUCAGUACAUAUGGAGCCCCGAUGCAGCAAUCGCCAUAUGCCAAUUCUGCCGUGAAUGUGGGGGCAAUGAACAACAUGGGAUACAAUGGCAUGAACAACGCCAUGGGUCCUUAUGGUCCUGGCGCUGCGAGUGUCUAUGGCGGAGGCAUGUUGCAGCCUGGUAUGCAAAUGCAAAUGCCUGGCCAAGGUGGUUCGCCCAACAGAAUCGAGCAAUGGCGCCAGGGCGUUCUCCCAUAA